AUGCAUCUCCCACUGCUCCACACACUCGCAAGCCUGCUAGGGUGCAGUGGGCUCUACGCCACUUGGAAGUCUCCUCCGCCCCCAGAGGCUUCUUCUACCUACCAGCAGCGGGCAGAUGCACUUCUGUCCAAGUACCCGGUUCUAGACGGACAUUGGGAUCUGCCCAUUGUCGCUCGUUUUCUAGCCGGUGACAACCUUGCCAACUUUACCUAUCAGGAUCACCUCUGGGGCCAAGUGGAUAUCCCGCGGAUCAAAAAGGGUCGAGUGGGCGGCUUUUGGUCAGCUGCCUACGUCGGAUGCAACUCCUCAAAAGAGGGACCAAACUUUGACGGACCUACAGAUGAGGUGCGGGACACCCUAGAACAGAUUGACCUCACCCGGCAGCUCGCGGCCUACUUUCCUCGAGACGUGGGCCUGGCCACUACACCAGCGGAGCAUCGUCGCAACUUGGCGGAUGGCAAAGUAUCGCACUGGAUUGGAAUCGAGGGGGCGCAUUCCUUGGGAAACUCUCUAGCUACGCUGCGCAUGUAUGCCGAGCUGGGCGUGACGUACGUAACCGUCACGCACUAUUGCCACAAUGUCUUUGCCGACUCUUGCUCACCACCUGAGCCCCGUCAUGGUGGACUGAGCGACUUCGGACGCAGGUUGAUCAUCGAGAUGAACAGGCUGGGCGUUGCAGCGGACCUGAGCCAUACCUCUGCAGCGACUCAGCGUCAGGUCAUUGAGCUCUCUGCUGCACCCAUCUUCUACUCGCACAGCGGGGCAAAGAGCGUCUACAACCAUGUUCGUAACAUCGAGGAAGAUGUUCUGCGUUCACUGCGUAACAGAGAUGCUGUCAUCGGUAUCCCUUUCGUGGCCGACUUUGUCCGUGGCUCAGGCAAUUCGACAAUAGAUGACGUCCUAGAGCACAUCGAGCACAUCGCCUCGGUCAUUGGCAGGAACAAAGUGGCACUAGGCUCCGACUAUGAUGGUUCAUUCGAAUUCGCUCGAGGGCUGGAGGACGUCACUACCUAUCCAAAGCUGCUGGCACGACUGUUGGAGCGGGGCUGGUCAGAAGAGGAAGUGGCUGGACUGGCCAGUGAGAAUUUCCUGAGGGUAGUGGAAAAGACGCAGCAAGUUGGGCGAGAUCUUCGAGGUAAAGGUAGAGGUAAGAAGCUGCUACCGGACAUGAAGGCUUGGGAGGGUAGAAAAGAUCUGAUACCAAAGAGCCCACCCUCGUAG